AUGUCGCACAGAAUCCUGGUAACCGGGGCGUCUGGCUACCUAGGCGGCACGCUUCUAGCUCGAUGGUUGAGCUUCGGCCUGCCACCAUACGACAAGCUGUACGCUCUCGUACGAACGGACGAACAGGCCAAUGCCGUCAAGCAGUACGGGGCCGAACCUCUCAAGUUCGAUGUCAAAGACGAGACUGCCGUCAACGAAGGAGUUGUCAGCAACAGAAUCACAAUCGUUCUCUUCUUGGUCGAUGCGCUGCACGCCGAAUCGCAAGCGUAUUUUAUCAGAGCUCUCGCGGAAGUCAAGAAAAGCUUGGGGACAGAAGUUCAUUUCAUGCAUACCAGCGGUGCCAAAAUCUUUUCCAGCCACGCCGGGGCUCCCGUCGACCGGCCACUGUUGGACACCGACGCAGAUCUGUACGACAUCCAAAAGUCUCAGAUACCGCCUCUUCCUCAAAUUCAGCCAGCCAUCGACGCCAAUAAUACGGUCAUUGAGUUAGGCGAAUUCUACGGAGUCCCAACUUAUAUCUUCGUGCCAUGCAUAGUGUACGGCCGGGGCGAAGGCUUUGGAAAUAAAAUCUCGAUCCAAACCGUCGACAUCACGCGGGCGGCGCAGGCUGCACGCCGCGUGUAUAGCGUUGACGCUGAAAGAACUAUUUGGCCCGUCUGCCAUGUCAUCGAUAACACAACCCUAUACCUGCAGAUCCUGGCAAGUAUCAUGAGAGGCGAGAACCCUGGCAGCGGGAAACAAGGCUAUUAUCUUGCAUCGUCAGGUACAGUCGCCUGGGUAGAUCUCUACUCUGCUAUGGCGACUGGGCUGGCGAAGCGCGGCGUCGUCGAUGAUGAAGUGGUGACGCUGGCCACAGGCCAAGCGCUCGACGCCAUGGCUGCCGGCUUGGGCUGUCCACCGGCGCUCGUGCCUUUACAGCUUGGCGGAAUGUGCACGUUCACGGCUCGUCAUGGUCCAGAGAUCGGGUGGAAGCCGCAAUAUCCCGCAGGCCAUAUACUGGAGGCGGCUGACGAAGAGGUGGAGCUGAUUCUGGCUAAUCUCUCAAAGUAA